UUCAUUUGAUCAUAUUGAAAACACCAUUUUAAAAUUCAAAAUAAGAAUAAAUAAUAAUUUUGGAAAUAAAUUUUGAAUGGCAAGCGCAUCGAUGUCAUCACCGUCUUCGCCAAAACCUGGUCGUACAAAAACCUUAUUAUUAGGUUUUAUCAUUUUUAUAUUGGCCUGUUUGUUUAUUGGUUUUUUAGCCGCAUACAUUGUUGAACAUAAUAAAAUCAAUGAAUUAUCGAAAGAUCAAUCGUCAUCAACAACAACAACAACAACAUCGACGGAGAUUUCAUCUACGUUUGGAACGACCUCAUCGUCAAAUUCAACAGAUCCAUCUAUAACGACUAGUACAUCAACUAAACAACCAAUAAUAUCCGAUGAUCUAUUGCUUGAUCAUAAUGUUAUACCGAUAAAUUAUCAACUACAAAUACGAACUGAUCCAAAUCAGAAUUUUUUUAAUGGAUCAGUACGUAUUUUGUUACAAGUUCUUAACAAUUCAAUCGAUCAAAUUGUACUUAAUUGUAAAAAUCUUGACAUAUUAAAUUCAUCAUUAGAAUCAUCGAUAACGAUAAAAAAUGUACAUAUCGAUCAAAAACUUGAACGAUGUGUAUUUGAAUUGAAUGAAUCAUUGAACAAAGGUGAAUAUGCAUUACAAAUCUUCUAUUCCAGUACUUUUCGAACUGGACAAAUUAUUGGAUUUUAUCGUAGCUCAUAUACAACCAUUAAAAAUGAGAUUCGAUAUAUGACAGCAACAAAAUUUGAACCAACAUAUGCACGUAUGGCAUUUCCUUGUUUUGAUGAACCAUCAUUUAAAGCUACAUUCAACAUAUCGUUAAUCUAUCCAACCGGAUUAACAGCAUUAUCAAAUCAAAUUGAAACAGAAACUGUAUCAAUUAUUGAUGAACCAGGAUUCAGUCAAACAACAUUUGCCCAAACGCCAAAAAUGUCUACAUAUUUAGUUGCAUUUUCGGUUAAUGAUUUCGAAUAUACGGAAACACGUACUACAUUUGGUACACGUGUUCGUGUAUAUUCAAGACCAGAUCAGGUGAAAAAAACAACAUAUGCUUGUGAAUCGGCAGCAACCAUUUUAUCAUAUUAUGAAAAUAUAACAGCUAUUCCAUAUUCCCAAUCGAUGGCCAAAUUAGAUCUUAUCGGUUUACCUGAAUUUGUAUCCGGGGCAAUGGAAAAUUGGGGUCUAGUCACCUAUAAAGAAACAUAUGUAUUAUUUGAUGCCAAUGAAUCUAGUUCUGAUGAUAAACGGAAAAUAGCACAAGUAAUUGCCCAUGAAUUAGCUCAUAUGUGGAUUGGUAAUCUAGUCACAGCAACUUGGUGGAAUGAUCUCUGGCUUCAAGAAGGUUUUGCAUCAUUUAUCGAAUAUUAUGGUCAAAAUCAUCUUCAAGCUUCAUUGAAUAUUUGGAAUCGAUUUUUAAUCGAUGAUCUUCAUCCAGCAUUUAGAACUGAUUCAUUAUCCAAAACACAUCCAUUGGUUCCGAAUAAGAAUGAUGUUCUUACACCAAAUCAGAUUACAGCUCAAUUUGAUACAAUUUCCUAUUCAAAAGGUGCAUCGAUUGCCUAUAUGAUCGAAAGUAUUAUUAGUCGACAAAAAUUUCUUGAAAAUUUCCGUCAUCUACUUCAGGAAAAUCAAUAUUCAAAUGUUGAUACAGAAAAAAUGAUGAGUUACUUUUAUCAGGAUAUUGAAACAACAACCAAAAUGAAUGGUAAAAAAUUUCUAAAUCAAUGGCUUUAUCAAAAUGGAUUUCCAAUCGUUACAGUUGAACGUAAGCAACAAACAUCGAAACGUUCAACAUCUCAAACAAAAACAAUGAAACUUCAAUUAAAACAAUCAAUUUAUCGAUCGAAUUCUUCAUCAAAUGAUUCGGAAGAUGAUCCACGGCCAAUUUACGUUAAAUAUAUUCAACAAAAACGAGAACAAUCUGCCUGGCUUUUUAAUCAAACUGAAAUGACCGUUGAACUUGAAAAUGAACUUGCACCAUCAGAUUGGAUCAAAUUAAAUCCUGAUGGUCAUGAUUAUUAUAUUGUAAACUAUCAACCAGAAGAUUGGGAUCUAUUGAUUACUGAAUUGAAAAGAAAUCCAAAAUCAUUCAAUGUUGGUGAUCGUGCAAAUCUUUUACAUGAUGCAUAUCUUUUAUCAGAGAUAUCGGCAUUAUCCUAUGAACGAUUACUUAAUCUAUUUACAUAUCUUGAAAAGGAAACAAAUUAUGUUCCAUGGUCAGUGGCUAAUAAUGCAAUAACAUCAUUGAUCAAUAAACUUGGUGAAAGUGGAAUGACAUUAAUACAAUUUCGUGAUUUUAUCAAAUCUAUUAUUGCCAAUUUAUUUGAUACAAAUGUUGAUUUAUCAACAUCGACAACAACUAUUGACGAGCGACUAGCACCAGACGAAAUAGCAUUACGUAAUGUUUUGAUUUCGAUUGCAUGUAAAGUUGGUUAUGAAAAAUGUACUAAACAAUGUUAUCAACGAUUUCGUGAUUGGAUGGAUAAUGGACGACCAUUAGAUUCAAAUACAAAAUUCUAUGUUUAUAAAUAUGGUUUACGUACUAGUACAAUUGAAUCGGAUUGGCAAAGUAUGUGGAAUUUAUAUCAAUCGGAAAAAGAUGCAAUCGAAAAAUCAAAAAUAAUGUCCGCACUAACAUCGACAACUGAUCCAAAUCUUUUAUCAGUUUUAAUAUCAUAUUCGGAUGAUCCGGAAAAAAUUAAUAAUGAAAAUUUUUUCUCUGCUCAACAAUCAAUCGCAUCGAAUAGUGAUCAGGGAAGAUUAUUGAUAUGGGAAUAUAUUCGAAAUCAUUGGCCUAAACUAAUCGAACGUUUUGGUUUGAAUGAUCGUCGUCUAGGAACCUAUGUUCGUUCAGUAAUUAGUGGUUUUCGUUCGGAAUCUCGAUUGCAAGAAAUUCAAGAUUUUUUCAAACAAUAUCCCGAUGCUGGUGCUGGUCAAGGAGCUCGUGAUGAAGCUAUUGAAACAAUACGUAAAAAUAUUCAAUGGAUUGAAAACAAUCAGCAAAAUGUUUCAAAUAUAUUAAAUCAACAAAGUCCAAAUGAAAAUCCUUGGAAACAAUGGCGUCUUGGUGAUUCUGUUCUACCAAAACAUUACGAUGUUAAUCUUACGGUUUUGGUGAAUGAAGAAAAAUUUUCAGGUUCCGUUCGAAUUGAAGUUGAAAUUCAGCGUCCGAUUCGUCAUUUGAUUUUACAUUCAAAAGAUUUGAACAUAACAUCAUCGGCUGUAUUUACCAAACAACAACCUCGUGUAGAAGUUUCUAUUCCUUUCAUCAAUAACAAUUCAGAAUCCAUAUCCGAUACGCAAAUGACACAUUUUGCAUAUCGACCAAAUCAAUUUUGGGUCAUUCCUUUGCAGGGAUUAAUUCUACCUGAAACAUAUAUUGUUGAACUUCAAUUCAAUGGAAACUUAAGUAAAGAAUUAAGCGGUCUUUAUCUAUCACAAUAUCAACGUUCUGAUACAGGUGAAUUCGUCAAAUUAGCUACAACACAAUUUCAAGCUGGAUAUGCACGUAAAGCAUUUCCAUGUUUUGAUGAACCAAACUUUAAAGCAACAUUUGCAUUACAAAUUGAACAUGGUUCUAAUUAUUCAGCCAUUUCAAAUAUGCCUACAUUAUAUGUUCAGCAAUCGUUAAAUGAUAAAAACAUGAAAAUGACAGUAUUUGAACGUUCGGUAAAAAUGUCUACCUAUCUAGUUGCCAUUGUUGUCAGUGAUUUUGUAUCGAAAUCUAGUCCAUUAUUGUCAAAUUUUAGUGUCUACACUUUUGAUCCAGCCAUAAAUCUUGAUAAAACCGAUUAUGCAUUAAGAGUCGGUCCUCAAGCAUUGGAAUUUUAUUCCGAAAAAUAUUUUGAAAUUGGUUUUCCAUUACCUAAAAUGGAUAUGAUUUCUAUACCGGAUUUUGCAAUGGGUGCAAUGGAAAAUUGGGGUCUUGUUACCUAUCGUGAUGUAUAUGUUCUCUAUGAUGCAAAAGAAACAAGUACAUUAUCUAAGGCUAGAAUCUGUCAGAUUAUCUGUCAUGAAUUAGCACAUAUGUGGUUUGGAAAUCUUGUCACAAUGAAAUGGUGGGAUGAUCUUUGGUUAAAUGAAGGAUUUGCAACAUUUAUGGAAUACAAAGCUGUUGAUUAUGUGGAAACAAAAUGGAAUUAUCAUGAUUUUUUUGCAAUUAAUGAAUAUGCUAGAGUAUAUGAGUCGGAUUCGAUGCCCAGUACACAUCCAUUGCUAACAAAAGUAACUGAUGAUAAUUCGGUUCAAGCAGUUUUUGAUUCUAUCACUUAUUCAAAAGGAUCUUGUAUUAUUCGUAUGUUGGAAUCAUUAAUCGGUGACGAAACGUUUCGUAUUGGAAUCAAAAAUUAUAUAAAAAAAUAUAGCUAUUCCACUACAUUAACCAAUGAUCUUUGGAAUGAAUUGUCCAAUGUUGCUGAUAAAAAUUUAGAUGUAGAAAAAAUCAUGCAAACUUGGCUACAAAAAGAUGGUUUUCCCAUAAUUACAAUCAAGAUAGAUAAUAAGAAUAAUUCUAUGAAAUUUGUACAGGAAAGAUUUUUCAAAGAUUCAAGCAAUUCAAUUUCAACAUAUUUAUGGUCCAUUCCGAUUACUUAUCGUUUGAUUAAUCAAAAAUUUUCAAAUAUCAGUGGAAAUGUUCAAAAAAUUAUCAUGGAUACGAAAGAAAUGUAUAGAGAUGACAUUAAAAUUGAAACAGAUGAUUUGAUCAAAUUCAAUGUCGAUCAAAAAGGGCUUUAUAUUGUUAAUUAUCCAAUAGAACAAUGGAAACAAUGGAUUGAAACAAUGAACAAUAGUAAAUCCAUUAUUCGAGACCAGAUGAGUGCUUUGGAUCGAAACAAUUUAUUAAUGGAUGCAUUUUAUUUGGCACGUUCCGGUCGACUUCCAUAUCGACAAUGUUUGGGUUUAGCUGAAUUUUUACAAUAUGAAAAGUCUUAUAUGGUUUGGUCAAUCGCUGCCGAUAUGUUAGGAUAUUUACGUGUUUUUAUGGCUGUACAGGAUCAAAGUGUUGCUUUCGAUCGAUGGGUACGAACCAAAUUGAUUGCCAAACAUUAUGAUGAUGUUGGAUGGAAUGCAAAAUCUGAUGAUAAUAUGAAUCAACUACUUUUCCGUUCGUUGAUUUUGAAUUUAGCUUGUAAAUAUGGUCAUCAAGAUUGUCGAAAAAAAGCAUCACAAUUGUUUGAUGAAUAUCGUCAAUCACCAACAAAUAAUUAUGAUCCCGAUAUAUUGCCCGUAUUUUUGUUUCAUGCACAAAAUUUUAAUCCAACCGAAGAUAAUUUCAAUUUUCUUCAAGAACGUUAUAAUCAAGCCAAUACAACUAAUGAAAAAAUGACCUAUCUUAAAGCAAUGACAGCAAAUACUGAUGAAAAUAUGUUACGAAAAUUGCUUAACAAUUCGUUGAACACUACUUAUCUUCGUACACAAGAUUUUUUUACAUUUCUCAUGUAUAUGUCCGAUAAUUCUGUUGGAUUAGAUUUAGCAUGGGAUUUUUAUCGUGAACAUUAUCCUGAAAUUCAACAACGAUAUGGACUGGAUGAUUCGAAUGUUGGUCGCGCUGUUUAUCGUUUUGCAUUUCAUUUUACCACCAAUAAACGUCGUGAAGAAGUAAUGGAAUUAUUUCAAAAAUAUCCUGAAGCCGGUGCAAGUGAACUUUAUCGACAACAAACAAUAGAUCUAAUUGAUGCAAAUAUUCGUUGGUCAAAAUCUUAUUAUAAAAAUGUGAUUGAAUAUGUUACAGAUGAUUGUGAUUCAAAACAUUGUCCAUGGAAUCAAUAUCGAUUGAAUCAAUUGGUCAAACCUUCAAAAUAUGAUCUAACUAUCCAGAUCGAUACUGAUACAUUCCGAUAUAAUGGUACCGUUAAAAUACAGGUAAACAUUGAUGAUGAAAUCGAUCACAUUAUUCUUCAUGCUGCAGAUAUAUUGGAUGUUUCAUCACCAAAAAUUACUCGAAUUGAACAGAAACAAAAACGUGAUACAGAAACCGAAUCUAAUUUGUCUACCGGACGUGGAUUUACUUAUUCACCAUUAGAUUUUUAUGUGAUUCCAUUGAAAGAAAAAACAACAAAAGGUGAUAAUUAUAUAGUCGAAUUAAAUUUCGAUGGUAAUCUAUUGAAAACUGAUCAAGUUGGCCUUUAUCGCGGUUGGUAUGAUGAUAACAAUGGUACACGUAUCAAUUUAGCUGCAACACAAUUUGAAUCAACACAUGCAAGAAAAAUGUUUCCCUGUUUUGAUGAACCUGCAUUCAAAUCAAAUAUAUCAAUUACAGUAAUACAUCCGAAAAAAAUGUCAACGACAUUAUCAAAUAUGGAUAUCAUUUCUACCAAUGAAAUCGAUGAUAAUUUGCAAGAAACGAAAUUCGAUACGACGCCACCUAUGGUUACAUAUUUGAUUGCUAUUCUUGUAUCAAAUUUCAAAUGUACACCACGGCAAUACGUUGAACUUCGCAAUCUUACAAUUAAUGUAUGUUCAUCGCCAUUGUACAGUGAAUAUCAUCAUGAAUAUUCGUUGAGUGUUACACCGAAAAUUUUGAAAUUUUAUGAAACUUAUACAGGAAUUGAAUAUAGUUUACCGAAAUUGGAUCAAAUAGCAUUGCCACAAUUUUCAGCUGGUGCAAUGGAAAAUUGGGGUAUUAUAAAAUAUCGUCAGAAAAAAUUGAUGUGGUAUGAAAUGGAUAAUCUUUCUGAAGAUAAAAAAGAUACCUGUAAUGUGAUUGCACAUGAAUUAGCACAUAUGUGGUUUGGUGAUCUAGUUACAAUGAAUUUCUGGGGUGAUCUUUGGUUGAAUGAAGGAUUUGCAUCAUUUAUGGAAUAUAAAGGCAUGAAUGCAGCACAUCCAGAAUGGAAUAUAUGGGAUACAUUUGUACAGGAUCAUACAUAUAAAGCAAUCGUUGGUGAUUACGAACAAACAUCUCAACCAUUAAUUCGUAAAGUGAACAAACCAAAUGAAAUGAAUUAUAUGACAAGAAUUGUUUAUAAUAAAGGAUCGACAAUAUUAAAUAUGUUUGAAAAUACAAUGGGUUCGAAAGAAUUUCAGCAAUCAAUUCAAACAUAUCUGAAUUCAUUACAAUUUCAAACAGCAACAAGUGAAAAUCUUUAUGAAGCAUUAGAAACAAAUUGGCUUUAUAAUGAUACACAAAAUGCAAGAGAAUUUUUUACUUCUUGGACCGAACAAAUAGGUUUUCCAUAUUUGAAUAUUACUUGUGAUGAAAUGAAUAAAUCCUGUACAUAUGUACAAGAACGAUUCAUUCGAAAUGGUGAUCGACCAUCAAAUGAUUUAACCUAUGUAAUACCAUUCCAAUAUUAUACGUAUGAACAACAACAAUUGAAAAAAUCGUCGAUUCAAUUUUUAUCGAAAAAAACCGGCCAGAUUGACAAUUUUGAUGGUAUCAAAAUAAAUCCUAACUUUAAUGGUUUUUAUUUUGUUAAUUAUCCUGCUGAACAAUGGUCAAAAUUGAUUAAUAAUUUGAUAACAAAUGAAAACAAUAUUGUUUCAUUAUUAACUGUUAAUGAUCGUAGUGAAUUGAUAACAUCAUCAUACUUUUUAUCACGAGCAAAACUUGCACCAUUUUCGAUUGCAUUGGAUAUUUAUAAUUAUCUUGUACAUGAAACACAUUAUGUUCCAUGGACUAUUCAUUCCAAAUUGAUUGCUAAUCUUGCAUGGGAAAUGGAACGUACCGAAUAUCGUGAAUCAUAUCUUCAUUUUGAACGUCGAUUAACUCAAUCACAUUAUAGUGGUAUUGAUUUUUGGAACUUUGAAAAUACAACAAUAAUUGAUCGAAUGUUUCGAAAAAUAUUGAUACAAAAUGCAUGUGGAAGUGGUAAUAAACAAUGUUUGAAAGAUGCGCUUACAAUGUUUGAAAAAUGGAAAGAUCAAAAUAAUACAAUUCAACCGGAUUUAUUCUCUUAUACAUUAUCGUAUGCUAUGCAAUCAAGUAAAAAUUUACAAGAUUAUGAAUUUGUUUGGCAAAGAUUUUUAUCGGAAAAAAUUACACAUACCAAUAAAACUAGCUAUCUUGAAGCUUUAAGUCAUAUUUCCGACAGUAAAAUUGUUCAAAAAUAUUUAGAUCUUGCUUUGAACGAAUCAAUUGUAUCGAAUAAUCAUUUUGUCGAAUUUUUCCUUUACAUUAUUCAUCGUUAUGAACAUGAACAAAUGAUUUGGCAAUAUUUUACCGAAAAUUAUUCAAUGUUAUCAAGAAAAUUAUCUACAUCACAAAUGGAUAUGAUUAUUACAAGAUUUGCUGAUCAUACUGUAACAGAAAAACGUCGAUUAAUUAUUUGGAAUUUUUUGAAAGAUAAACAAACAGGUGUUUCGAUGAGUGGACAAGAAUCAACAUUUGCUCGAAUCGAAUACAAUCUGGCUUGGAUGACAAAUAAUAAAGUAACAGUUGGUGAAUGGUUUGGUCAGAAUGCUUGUGGACGUCAAACACCUGAACCAUGUCCAUGGGCACAAACACGUAUUAAUAAGACCAUCAUUCAACCUAAACAUUAUGAUCUAACCAUACAGGUUAAUCUAACAACAAAUAUCUACAAUGGUAGUGUGGUCAUUCAAAUUGAAGCUUUGCAACCAUUUGAAUAUAUUGUUUUACAUGCAGCUCAAAUGCUUCAAGUAAAAUUAAUAUCAGUUAAAAAUUCGGAUAAUUAUUCAAUUGAAGAUGUUACAAUGUUUAGAUAUCUGCCAAAACAAUUUGUUGUAAUUGAAUUCGAUCAACAACAAUCGAUCGGACAAUAUGAAUUAACAUUUAAUUUUACAGCCAACCUUCUGGAUGCUGGUAUUUCCGGUUUAUAUAGAUCAAACUAUACGAAUGGAAAUGAACAUUUUAAAAUGGCUUCAACACAAUUUGAAUUUUUCGAUGCACGUAAAGUGUUUCCAUGUUUUGAUGAACCAGCAUUUAAAUCAAAAUUCAAUAUUUCAAUUAUUCAUGAUAAAGAAAUGAAUACAACAUUAUCAAAUAUGGAAGUGAUUGAAGUGAAACCUAUUCCCAAUACACAAUGGAUUCAGACAAGAUUUAAUCAAUCAUUAGAUAUGGUUACAUAUCUGGUUGCAAUGGCUGUCAGUAAUUUUGUUUGUAAAAAUUAUACAAUUGAAAAUAAUCAAGUUAAUGUCGGUGUGUGUGCAUCACAUCUUCAAGGACAUAAAUUAGAUUAUGCAUUGGAAAAAGCGCCGAAAUGUUUGAGCCAUCUUGAGAACAAGCUUGGUCAUCCUUAUCCAAUGAAUAAAGUAGAUUUGAUUGCCAUACCAGAUUUCUAUUAUGGUGCUAUGGAAAAUUGGGGCCUUAUUACAUUCCGGGAAACAGCAUUAUUAUUCAAUGAACAAGAUACAACAUCGGAAAGAAAAAUGUCAAUUAUGAAUACGAUUGCACAUGAAUUGGCUCAUUUUUGGUUUGGUAAUCUGGUUACAUGCGAAUGGUGGGAUUUUAUUGCAUUGAAUGAAGCAUUUGCAACCUAUAUGCAAUAUACUACAGUUGAUGAAGUUGAACCUGAAUGGAAUACUUUUGAUCUAUUUUUAAUAUCUGAAUUUGAAUACGGUUUGACAGCCGAUGCUAAAGAUAAUCAUCCAUUAAUACGUAAUGUUACUCGUACUGAACAAAGCGAACAAGCUGAUUCCAGUAUAAUCUAUUCAAAGGGUGCUUCAAUUUUACGUAUGAUUGAAACAGUAAUGGGAACUGAAAAUUUUUAUGCAGCACUUCGUGAUUAUCUUAAUAAACAUAAAUUCACAAGCGUUCGACCUGAAAUGCUAUUGGCAGAAUUUGAUAAUAAAUUUAUAUUCAAUGAUACUGAUCAAACAGUAAAAAUGAGCGAUUUUAUUCAGGAUUGGUUUUUCAGUAAUGGUAUUCCAUACAUAAAUGUUACUGAAUCGAGCACUGGAUCUUAUCAUCUUGUACAAGAUCGAUUUCUAUUACAAGAUUCUAAAAAUGAUACAAUACCUAUUUGGAAAAUACCAAUCAAAUACUAUAUUGAUUCUGGAUGGGAUAAUACGAAUACCAAAUUCAUGAUCGAUAAAACAAUGGAUUUUACUCCAGGCAAUAUCCAACUUCCAAUCAAUUUAAAUGCUCGUCAUUCUGGUUAUUAUCUCGUAAAUUAUCCAUCAAAAAUUUGGAAACAAUGGAUUGAUACAUUUAUGGAUAAAUCAUCUGAAAUACCCGUACUAGAUCGCAGUGGAAUAAUGAUGGAUGCAUUUUAUCUUGCUCAAGCUAAUCUACUUUCAUAUAAUGUGCCAUUAAAUUUGGCUAAAUAUCUAGUCAAUGAAACACAUUUAUCUCCAUGGACAACGGCCAUACGUGGAUUUAGUUCAAUUCAAAGAUAUAUUUCGCAUUCAAGUUCAUAUAAAGGAAAAUUCCGUGAAUAUUUACAAAAUCUUAUCAAACCCGUUUAUGAGAAUUUGGGAUGGAAUGAUACGAUAGAAGAACCGGUAACUAAACGAAGAUUACGAUCUUCAAUAUUGGAAUUUGCCUGUUUUAAUCAAAUAAAUGAUUGUCUUGAACAAAGUGAUCGAUUAUUUCAACAAUGGAUUAUUGCUAAACAGAAUCAAGAAAUGGAUAAAAUUCCAAAUCCAAAUCUAUUGAGUACUGUACUUGAAUAUGGUAUACAAAAUUCUAAUUCAACCGAUCAAUGGUUGUUUGUUUGGUCACAAUAUUCCAAUGAAACAUCGUCUACAUUACGUUCAAUCUAUAUGAAUGCUUUAGCACAGACUAAUGAUGAAAAAUUAUUAACAAUGUUAUUAACACAAGCAUUGAAUGCCGAUCAAAUAAUUCGAUCACAAGAUUCAUAUUCGGUAUUCAUUGCAAUCAGUGGCUGUGAUAAUCCAAAAAGUUUAGCAAUUUUAUGGAAAUUUAUUCAAGAUAAUUAUUCAAAAUUCAUUCGAAAAGGUUCACCAUUACGUUUGACACAAAUAUCAUCAUUAUUAAAUAGUAUUAGUUCCAGAUAUUUUUUCACUGCCGAUCAAAAAAAUGAAAUGAAACAAUUUUUUGCCAAAUAUCCAAACACCGGUCUUACUCAAAAUCAACAGAAUGAUAUUCUAAACAAAAUUGAUAAUAAUAUUAAUUGGAUAGCAAAUCGAAUGAUUGAAGUUGAACGAUUUCUUUUGUGCGGAAAUGAUGUUUGUCCAUUCACUGAAUUUCGUUUGAAUCCAAAUGUUAUUCCCAUAAAAUAUGAUUUGUCCAUAAAAGUUGAUUUAGAUCAAGAACAAUUCGAAGGAACUGUCGAAAUUAUUGUCGAAAUAAAAGAGACAAUUAAUUAUGUGAUUUUACAUGCGGCAAAAUCAUUGAAUAUAACCGAUUCGAAAGUAUCCAUUACUGAAUCCAAAACUGAUUUAGAAAUCAAACAAACAUUUGCAUAUGAAUCAAAUGAAUUUUGGGUAAUUGAAAUGAAAGAAUCUAUCAUUGUUGAAAAUCAAAAACCAUUGAACAUUACAUUGAAUUUCGAAUUCAACAGUAAACUUGAUACAGAUAUGACCGGUUUCUAUCUAAGUAAAUAUAAUGAUAACAAUGGAAAUGUUAAGAAAUUGGCUGCAACACAAUUCCAAGAUACUCAUGCACGACAAGCAUUUCCAUGUUUUGAUGAACCAUCAUUCAAAUCAAUAUUUCAUGUUACAAUUGAACAUCAUACAAAUUACACUGCCAUAUCGAAUACGGAUAUCAAACUGAAAGAAAUAUUUUCCGAUGAAACUGAAUGGACAAAAACGGAAUUUGAAGAAACACCAAAAAUGGUUACCUAUUUAUUGGCAUUUAUUAUCAGUGAUUUUGAUUGUAGACACAAUGAAACACAUUCAUUAAAUGGUGACUUAAUCAAUGUAGAUAUUUGUUCAUCACCACCUGAAAUCGAUAAUACAGCCUAUUCAUUAGCAAAAGCACCUGAUAUAAUUGAAAAUUUUCAAAAUAGAUUAAAUUAUUCAUAUCAAUUGGAUAAAAUGCAUCUUGUAGCAUUACCAGAUUUUAAUGCUGGUGCAAUGGAAAAUUGGGGCCUAUUAACAUUCCGUGAAACGGCAUUAUUAUGGAAUGAUUUAACAUCUUCGGCGGCAGAUAAAAUGAGUGUUGUAGCUGUUGUUGCACAUGAAAUUACUCAUAUGUGGUUCGGAAAUCUAGUCACCUGUGAUUGGUGGACAGAUCUUUGGCUAAAUGAAGCAUUCGCUUCAUAUCUAGAAUGGUUUGCUGUCGAUAAUGUUGAACCGGAUUGGAAUUAUAAACAAUUAUUCUUUAUAACUGAUUAUAUUGCCGGUAUGGAUGCUGAUGCUAGUAUUACUGCCCAUCCAUUGGCUAGACCUUCAAUUAAUAAAGCUUCCGAAAUUCCCUAUAUAACACCUAUUAUAUAUCAAAAGGGUUCAUCCAUCUUACGAAUGUUUGAAUUCGCUUUAAGUACCGAAUCAUUUUAUGGUCAAUUGGAAAAAUAUUUAAAACAAAAUCAAUAUCAAACAGUCACGACAGAUAAAUUUUUAACUGAAAUCUCUAAAAUUAAAAUCGAAGGAUAUGAUGAAACAAGAAAAUUUUUAGAAUCAUGGACAUUGAAACCUGGAUUUCCUUACAUAAACAUCACUCGAAUCGAUAAUAGUACUCGAUAUAAGAUAACACAGCAAAGAUUUUUAUCGAAUGGAAAAUUCCCUGAUAAUAAUGAUUAUUGGAUUGUUCCACUUUCAUAUUAUAUUGAUUAUUCGAAAUCCGGUGAGCUGAAAAUUGAAUAUAUUUCAAAUGUUGAACAAGAAAUCGUAUUGGAAAGACCAAAUGAUGAAUCAUUACCAUUGAAAUUUAAUUGUGAUUCUCAAGGAUUCUAUAUUGUCAAUUAUCCAAUAGAUGAAUGGAACAAAUGGACAUCAUUAUUUCGAGAUCAAGAAACAAUGUCAAAAUUAAGUCUAACAUCACAAGAUUAUUCACAUCUUAUGUUUGAUGCUUUUCGUUUAGCCAAUGUAAAUCUAUUGCCAUUCGAAAAAGUAUUCGAAUUACUUGAAAUAUUGAAAACAAAUCGAUUGUAUUCGGUUUGGUCAACUGGUUCAAAUAUUCUUAGCAAAUUAUGGCCGUAUUUCCGUAAUGAUAAUAAUCUCGAUGAUGGAUCAAUCAAUCUAAAUCAGUUAAUGCGGCAAGCUUAUCGUUCAUUUGCACAUGAUCUUGUACGUGAUGUUUACCGAGACUUCAAUCUUCAAGAUUCAUCCAAACAAUCCGAUAUUAAUUCGCAACGAUUACGUUCGACAGUAACAUCAUUUGCCUGUGCCUAUGGUUUUGAUUUAUGUUUAGCCGAAGCCCAAGUAGAAUUUAAAAAAUGGCGUAAUGGUUAUAUUGAUAGAAUAUCGCCAAAUAUAAUCACUGUUGUGCUUCGUUACGCUAUUCAAGAAUCGAAUGAUGUUGAUGAUUGGAAUUUCGUAUGGGAAAAAUAUAUCGAAGAACAAUCUACCGUAAUGAAAUUGAAUUAUCUACAGGCAUUGGCUCAAACACAGAACAAAGAAUUGCUCAUUAAAUUAAUGGAUUAUGGUAUGGAACAAAAAUAUGUUCGUCGUCAAGAUUAUCUAGGUCUUUAUACCUAUAUAUUAAGAACACCUGUUGGUUUGGAAAUUGGUUGGCAAUAUUUUCAACAAAAUUAUCGUCGUAUUCUUUCACAAAGAUUAUCAUCAUCAAAUAUUGGACGAUUAGCAACAUAUUUUGCUCGAUAUCUUUAUACGGAAAAACAAUUAAAAGAAUUUCAACAAUUUUUCAUCGUACAUCGUGAUACCGGUGUUUCCGAUGUAAAUCUAAAUAAAUCAUUGGAAACCAUACAGACAAACAUUGCCUGGACUCAAAAUUAUCGUAUGAAAGUAUUCGAAUGGUUAAGAAAUCGACAAUAAAUUAUUACACACAAUUAUAAUUACAAUUUAAAUGACAUAUCUAAUAUUUUUGGAAAAUUGUUUGAUCAGAAAAAAAAACGAAAAUUGAUUUUUUAAUUUGAUU